AUUAGUUCUCUUGAGAAUUUAGACCACUCUUCAUCUCUCACAAAAAAAAGAGUUCCUUUACUCUCUUUCUUAUUGUUUCAUCAAACAAAACUCUAAUAAUUAUGGGGAGACAACCUUGUUGUGACAAAGUUGGAUUGAAGAAAGGUCCAUGGACAAAUGAGGAAGACAAGAAACUCAUUCACUUCAUUCUUAACAAUGGCCAAUGUUGUUGGAGAGCUGUCCCUAAACUUGCAGGGCUAUUAAGGUGUGGAAAGAGUUGUAGAUUAAGAUGGACAAAUUAUUUAAGACCAGAUUUAAAGAGAGGACUUUUAUCAGAAUAUGAAGAAAAAAUGGUUAUUGAUCUUCAUGCUCAACUUGGAAAUAGGUGGUCAAAGAUCGCUUCUCAUUUGCCUGGAAGAACCGAUAAUGAAAUCAAGAACCACUGGAACACGCAUAUCAAGAAGAAGUUGAAGAAAAUGGGGAUUGAUCCAGUCACUCACAAGCCACUUUCCACUAUUACAAAUGAUCAAACACACAUAUUAGAACAAGAAAAUCAACCAAUUCAACAAGAAAAAGUUGAAGAUCAAUCAACUAUGAUAGAGAUCAAAGCAGAAGACGACAACAACAACAGCAACAACAACAACAGUAAUAAUGAUAAUAACACAAUGGAGACGAGUUGCGCGAAUAAUUUUGACUCAACUAUAGUGGAAGUAAACAAUAAUGGCUUUGGUAUAGAUGAAGUUCCAUUGAUUGAACCUCAUGAGAUAUUAGUUCAAGAAUUAUCAUCAACGCCAUCAACAUCAUCAUCAUCAUCAUCAUUUUCAUCAUCAUCGUCAUCCAACAUUCUUGAAGAUUUGAAGUUUUUGCCAAGCUUUGAUGAAUGGCCAUUAAUGGAAAAUACCAACAUGGGAUUUGGAUGGGAAAUUAACAAUGAUUUCACUAGCACAUUGGAUUUCUUGCUUGAGGAUGAUCAUAGUGACAUGAUGAAUAAUGUCACAUUUGAUGAAUCUUGGAAGUUUGAGCAACUCUUGUGAUAUAAGUUUGUUCGAUACGCAGAGUUUAAUUAAAUAUUUCUCUUUUUUUUUUUAUUUCUUUUGAUUGGACAGUACGUGUCACUUUUUGUUAAUAGUAGUUUUAGUUGUUAUAUGGAGUUAAAUAAAAAGUAAAAAAGUAUAUGGGGAGAAAGUACAAAAGUCCCAUAUAAAAUAUUUUUUUUUAACUUUUUGUUGUAAAAACACUCUUUUGUUCUAAUGUACAAAUUAGAAUAAAUUGGUGAAUGGAAAGUUUUAUUCUGAUCA